GUCCGCACAGCGGCUCGGGGAGCGGCCAUGGCGCAGCACCCGGGCCGGAGGCAGGAGUGGGCAGGUGAGGUGGAUGCCCCAGACCUGGAGGAAGAAACGGAGGAGGAUGUGGGCAACACGGCUUCCAUGGAAGAGGACGAGAAAGAGCUGGACCUGAUGGACCAGGAGAUGGAAGACCUGAGGGCCCAGAUGCUGCAGCUGCUGGAGGAGCUGGAGGAGACGCGGGAGCUGGCAGUGAAGCACGAGGACGACUCGCUGGAGCUACAGGGCUUGUUGGAGGACGAGCGACUGGCCAGCGCCCGGCAGGCCGAGAUCUUCACCAAACAGAUCCAGAGACUUCAAGCUCAGAUGCGCACGCUGAAGGAUGAGUUCAGCUCCCUGCAGGAGACGAAGGCGUUGGAGCUGGAGCAGGUGGAGCGGGAGCUGCAGGAGGCCAACGAAGAGAUCCACGGCCUGCGGCUGGAGGCGGAGGAGGUGGCGGCCAUCCAUGAGAACGAGAUCGCUGCCCUGCAGGAGCAGCUGUGCCGGCUGCGAGCUGAGCUGCAGCGCGUCCAGCAGGUCCGAGAGGAGUACGAGACGGAGAUCACCACCCUGCGCGCCGAGAUCACGAUGAAGGGCAGUGGCCAGGCCUGGGCUGAGGGCCGUGCUGACGAGGUGACUAUGCUCCAAGAGGAGCUGCUGACCCUGCGGGAGCAGUACCGGGACCUGAUGGAGGAGUACCAGACGCUGCAAGAGAGCAACAAGAUCAUGGUGCACCAGCUCGAGAACCUGGAAGCCCAGAAGUACAGAUCCAGGAGCAGGUCAGAAGACUCUCGCAAGUCGACGGAGUCGGACGUUACCCAUCCCCCGGUGCGCCGGACCCUCUCUCCCCGGCGCGCCAGCCCCCGCCUGAGCGGCAGCGUCUCCUUCAAGACGGUGGACGACACGAGAACCAUCAGCGCCCCCAACUGCAAGAAGGAACCCCUGAGCCAGGCCGAGGAGUCCGACACUGAGCUGAGCCUGCGCUUCCAGCUGCAGAGCGAGGAGGAGAAGGUGCAUCUGACCCAGAGCAAGUGUGACAACAUGCAGACCGAGCUGCGGGAGCUGCAGCGGCAGUACCAGGUCAUCCAGCAGGAGCGCCAGCAGCUGCAGGAGGAGCUGAGGCUGUGCCGGGCGGAAAUCCAGAGACUCAAAGGCACCAUGCCCGCUGACGGGCGGGUCCCGGCUGGGGGGCUGAAGCCCGUCAUCCUCUUCGCAGUAGCUGCAGCCGUCUUGCUGCUGUACCCCUGUCUGAAGCGGUCCUGUGCCAGCGCCGUGCCAGCCUGAGGAGUGCCACACCCGGGCCGUGCCACGCACACAUACACCCCGCCCCCCACGGCCUGCUGCCACUGGGAAGGCUGGAGACCUUUGCUCCAGCCCCCCACCGCCACACGGAGCUCACCCCCCUGCCCCUGGUCAGUCACACCAUGGCAGCAUCUGCCCCCACGUUACUGUCUCUCUCUUUCCUUCGGGGCUCAGGGUCAGGGACGCCACAUCUGUGGGGCAGGGAAGGGCGACUCGAGGAUGCUGCUCUGGGGGUUGUGUGGAUGUGGGAGGGGGUUGGGAUAGGGAGGGGGUGGGAGAGUGAGGGGCUCCCUGGAAAGCAGCCUCAGCCAGCCCUGGGGCCCCCGGCUCUGGGCUGGCUCCAGUCCCAUUGGAUCGUAACACCAGCUAGUGCGGGGGGGCACGAGGGGUCCCUGCCAGCGACUCCCCAAACGGAACCUGGUCUGGUGGAGUCCCAGCCCCCGCCCUGCCCCACACUGCCCCCCUCCAUCCCAACUCACGCCCU